AAAAAAAAAAAAAUCCGCCGGACGCGAGAGGUUGGAAAGAUUCUCGAGCCUACCCUCCCCCACCUGAUGUGUUCAUACAUCUUCCUUGGUAGUUUCGCAUCCCGUGUGUCCGCCGUAGAUGCUGCGAUGUUCACAGUCGUGCUGUCCCAACAGCUGCAGCUGCUGCCGUGCGUGUAGCCGCAUGCAGUGCGUGUGUGUUGCUUGUGAUACGAGGCCGGGAUGUUUAGACAGGGCCGUGUGCAAAGUCCAGUCACGUGUCGCCAGGAAUAUGUGCCGAAACACCUCCAAGACAAGCGAGGGAGGAAAGGUGGCAAGCAAGCGACCCUCGAGUGAAGUUUGUCUAUUUAUAGGGUGCCGUCCCCACCCAGGGUGCGUGGCGACUGCUAUGGUGUAGUAGGGGAGUGAUGUCAACUCACCCAACGUCACGUUUGUCAUCUACCACCCGAGCGGCGACUGCUGUCGCGUGACGACCGAUCUUGUAGAAGUUUUUCCUUUUUGCAGCCGACAGAAAUAACAACUGCUGUCGACUGCAGGACUGAGACCGUCGCCCAUUUCCCAAGAAACCCCGGAGCAUGUGCUGAGCAGACGCGCACGUAGCCGGGACCCGCUAUGUUUCACUGGCCCUCGACACAACUUCGCCACAGUUUAUCUCCACCAUCCCACGGGCUGCGACCGGAAGCUGCGCUGCUUAAGUCCUGAUUAGACGAUAUAGGCUUUUUGUGUCUCUUUGAAAAAAACAAAGUUAUUGUUCGGCUUUGACGGGUAGAGAGGCAACACCGAGCGAGGGAACGAGGCAGGACCUGUUUGGUGUUGUUGUGCUCGGUGUCUUGUCGGCAGGAUGCUGGCCUCCCUCCUUUGCUGCAAUGGGCGGUUUAGCUCCGACUACACGGACUACGCAGAGUCGGAGAAGAAAAAGAGUGGCGGCCAGGACGAGACGACCUUUACCAUUCCCAACAAAGCAGGAAGCCUGGGGGGAUUGGAGGAUCGCACCGGCCAUGGCAGCAGCAGCAGCGACAGCAGCAGCAGACACACGGCCCGGGUGGAGUACCCCCAGGAGUCGGACAAACGACGUCUGUCCUCCCUGCUGGAGUCCCUUCGGUCAGGGUUCGGAGCCGGCACGCAAGACGGCGUCGCCUCGGCAACGGUCGGCAGCACGGCAGGCGGGGAGAUGGUGGUGCAGCACGUGUCGUGCCGCCGCCGGCGGGAUUCGAACUCGAGCUCCGACUCGGAGCCAUCGUGCCAGACGCGGGAAACUAGCGGUGCCAGGAAGAGUCGGCAGUUCCGGUUCGGAGACGUUGGCAGUCGGGAAGAAAGCCUCGCCUCGUCAUGGGCAGGGUGACCCAGAGAGCGCUCUGACCACGCGGGUGAGCAGCGCCAGUCGGCUGGCGCCGGAGUCACCCGACCUUGAAGUUAUGUCAUCGAGGCGCGAAGGGCAGGCGAGGAGGAGCGCAGACCCUGUCCUGGACGGCGGCCGGCGUCACGCACAGAGCGAAACAUGGGCGGGGGUAGAGGACGGAAGGGACAAGGAAGGAAGUGAGGCGAAGAGUGCUGCCUCAGCCCCACCUUGCUGCUGCUGCUGCUGUUGCUGCUGCUGACGCCAGGUCGAAAAGUGGGGACGCCAGGUCUCCCAGCCACCUCCAUGACAGGCCCGAAGAGCGCCUUCUACUUCCGGCGCCAGUGACACCCUCUGGAGACGACGACCACAGCAGCGGCUGCUCCUUCACCAGCUCCGAAUGGGGCGAGGUGACGCCAACCAGUCCCUCCGCCGACACCCCAUCCAGAAGACAUGGUCACUCCGGACUCGAGGGCCAUGUCGAGAGACGCGAUCAGUCGAGUGGGGAUCACAGCUCAGGCUACUUGUCUUUCCCAAAAAGGAGCGGGGAGAACUCCCACUUUCCCAACGAGCACUUCACCAAGGCUUCUCAUAAUCCCCCAAGAUCAUCCUCGUCGGAGAUUACCGUCUCGGAAUCACGGCCUCACACAGGAGAAGGAAGGCUGGAAGUGCCGGUCAUGCAGGUGCACGUUCAGCCCGCACAGGAAGAUCCUCAUGGCGCGAAGCUGAACCGGAGCCCCGCCGAGCAGCACGUGCGCCGCCAUUCCUCGGGGCGUUCGGACGCUAGUCUCGCCUCGGCGCGCACAGCCUCGCCGGCCACGAAGCUGCGCCUCUUGGACUUGGCCAGCCAGCGGGCGCUGGACCGUGACGGCGACAGCUUGGCCUCGUGGUCCGGCGGCAGCGAGGACACCCUCAGCCUGGGGAUGUCCUGUACGGGUCUGCGGGGAUCGCCGGAAGUGGCGCAAUCGCUAGCAGCCCCUACUGGGCGUCGGCCAGCACCCAAGCCCCCGGGUCCCUCGCAAGGCAGUGCAGCAGGUGAUGAGAAAUCAUCAUCCGAAGAACACAGUCGUCCAGCAGAGGGUGACAGCAGCAGCAGCAUCAAUGGUGUCAGUGAAAAUGGACGUCGAGAAGAAAUCAGUCCAGUCACAAAGUUUGUUCCCUCAGGUGCUGCUAAUGCAGUCCCGGCAGAUUCUGUGCACAGUGCAGGUGUGGUUCUCUCCCCCUCUGAUGUACAUGCUCGCAGUUUCUCUUUGCCCCAGUGUAACCAGCAUGGGGCUGUUACAGUACCUCUUGAUCAGGAAUCCAUGCAGGCAAAAGGAGAUCAAAAACAAAAAAAUGGGGAUGAAAGCAGCUGUGGCGAACAAAAAGAUAUGUUUACCAUGGAUACUACAUCCUUGUCAGGCUUGGAAAGGAAAAGUCUCAAAGAGAGCGACACAAAAAGUCAAGAUAAGAAUGACAAAACAUGCCAUGAAAAUACAAGUUCUGUUCUACAUGAAGGUGGCCAGGAUGGUAAGAGUUGUAUUGUAGACAUGUGCUCACAGGCAGGAAAUACCAGAGAAGUCAAUAAAGAAUCAGAAAGUCUUGUGGAGGCUCAUGUGGAACACAUCAGUCAUCAUCAUGGUGCAGGCGAGGAGCAGUUUGAGGGGAGAGUCAUUUCCUUGGUACCAGAGGCUGGUGAAUCCACAGAGAACCCUUUGGCUGCUCUGAGGGCUCCGAAGAACGAGUUGCCGUACACGCUGCAACUGUUCUUGCGGUGUAACAGCACAACCUCGGAUACCUUGAGCAUCAUUUCGGAAUUAUCUGAACCCAAUGAAAGCUGCCAUGAAGAUUAUCUUGGAGAUGAAAGAGACAGGGAUUUGUUAGAUGAUGACGAGGGCAGUGAUGAUACAGUUUGCAAUGAGCCUCAUGUUUCUUGGUCAGAUGCAACUCAUGCAGGUUUUAAUGUAGAAAAGUCAGAAGACAAAGAAGCUCUACUUUUGGAUGAGGAAGGUGUUGUAGGUAACAGGAAUGGAAGCAGAGUAGAAGUAGCCAGUGAGGGAGAGCUUCAUGCAUCAUCAGUGUGUGAUGUGUGUCCACCUCUUGAAGCAUUUAGUCAGAAGGUUUAUUUUGCAGGUAAAGGUGUCCGGGACGUGGAGGAAGGAACAAGGGCAGGAGACGUAGAAGCUAAGGUUGAGGAAACAUCCAGCUCCAGUAGCCAGACGAAGCCAAUACAUGAUGGUGGCCUUAGAAGUGAGGUGAAACAAAAUUCACUUUCAUCAGAGAAGGAGGAUGAAAAGCAUUCGUCUCAAGUCGGAGGUGAUGCUUUAAUGAUAAAUGCUGAUGAGGCUGAAAAAGAAAAGAAUCAGGAUCUGAGAAGAGAUUUUAAAGGUUCUGUGCAUGCAGCGGCUGCCAUUGUAGACAAAGAAAAUGCCUUUGAUGAUGAAGAGAACCUUUGUAGUUCAAGCAGUUCUACUACUGUGCAGGAGAAUAUUUCCCAAGAAGAAAUCAACAGGAAUGUCAUUAUCAACACUCCUUAUGAGAGGAAUGUAAUUAUUGAUACUCCUGUCAUUAUCGAUACUACUUAUGAGAAGAAAGUGAGCGAUGAGGUAGACAAGCAGCCUAUUGAAAGUGAAUUAGUGUUGGAAUCUGGCUUAGGCCAAGAACCUAACUUAAUAGUUGAAUUCAUAGAAGAGAAGUCUAAUGCAGAUGAAGGCAAAGAAGUUCCUUGUACUGUGACACAAAUUGUCAGCAAUACUCAGAGAGAGAUCAAACCCCUUGUCACAGGUACAGAUGGCACACCAUCCAUUCCAGAGCAGUCUGGUGCAGGUUAUUGUGGGCAGAAUGUCACAGCAGCUGCAGGCAGGGUGACAGAUACGACUGUGCCACCAAAACCAGUUGAUCUGGGACAGAAAGUCGUUCCAGCUGCAGGAACUUUGCCUGUCAUUAUUACAACAAUUGCAGAAAAUGAUUCAGACAAAGGCAUCGCGACAGAUACAGGCAGGCUGCCAUUUGCUUCCCCUAAACUCCGCUUGUCAGAUGUUCCUGAUGGAGCAGAGUCACAGCAAAAAUUACCUCCAGAUAUCAGCAUCUCAAGACCGGUGGAUGCAGACAGUGCAGGGAGUGAACACUCUGGUUCACCAGAAAAGAGAAGCUCCCCACACCGCAACAGUCACUUGUCCAUCCAUCUGCGGCUACAGGUUCACAGUCAGGAUCUCAUGAUGAGAGGUCUUUCGAUGAUGAUGAUGAUAAUAUUGAUGAGCUGUUUGCCAACCAUCGGUCGGGUAGCAGAUUGAGUGCCAUGCGUAACAACAUUGGUGACAGCCGUGAAAGUCUGGCAAGUGUUUACAGCAAUGCUGGGGAGAUCAACUAUGGGCGCAUUCCAGUAACAGGAGACAUUGUCUUUGGCCUGGACUAUGACCAUCGUCACUCUGUGCUGAAGAUUGACGUGAGGAACUGCCAAACAUUGCGCCUGUGGAC